AUGUUCUCGAUUCGACCUGCAGUGUACCUAAGAAGGUGCUUUUCUUCCAUCCGAAUACCGGCCUCAGGCCAGAAAGAAAGCAAUCUUGUCCCACGUUCGCUUCCGGAACAGCUCGUGCUUGCCAUCAACGGUCAGAUAAAUGAGGAAUAUUAUGCGAGCUACAUGUAUCGUUCGAUUUCGUACCACUUCGCGACCUCCAGUGUGUGCCUUCUUGGAUUAUCAGAGCUCUACCGGAAACUUGCCUCCGAAGAGAUCGGGCACGCAGAGUCGCUGGCGGAUUUCUUGCUUUUCCGCAAUAACUCUGUCACGCUCGAAACCAUUGCUAAACCUCCCGAACGCCAGUGGAGCUCAAACAUCGGACAAACGCUUUGCGAAACGAUCGAGCUAGAGAUGAAGCUUUCCGGUUCAAUCUCGUUGGUUUACGAAGUGGCCGAGAAGCAGCGUGACGUAGUGUUGAUGGAUUUUCUUACCAAACAUUUCCUCCACCAGCAGUGUGAUUCGUUGCGCACUCUGCAACAACUCUCCACCAAAUGGAGCCAAUUGCGUGCGGCUCCGGAUGGGACGUACCGGUUCGACCGGGAGGUAAGAAAUUGGAUUCUGUCUUCAAACCUCCCUAAAUGA